CUUAACCGUUUCGCUAAAAUGUCCACAAGACCGCGCCGUCUAGCAGCUAAAAGAAAUAUAGUAAUUGAGAUCUCUGACUCGGAAGAUAAUGCAAGUGAGGCCAAUGAUAAUGAUGAAUAUAAUCCAAGAGAGACACAUCGUCGUUUCAUAGAUCGUGCCGCAGCAGCUGUAGCGUCUGGCGCCAGCACCAGCAGAAAACGAGGUAACAAUUCGAAAAGUAAUGCAUCCGCAAACGAUGCAUCAGAGUCUAAGAAAAAACGCGCAAAACAGGACAAAGAGAAUGCCCUGCCCAACCAAAUUAAUGAUGUUAGUGAAACAUCAGUGGAGCCACCAUUGUCGACUGCAUUACCUCAAGAUGAGGGCGAGCACAGUCCACUUCCGGCGGCGUCCAGUUCCACCACAGGUCGUAGCUCGUUCUGGGAGCGACGCAAAGUGUGGAACAUACAUGAACUUUUAGCCGAAACAGAGCAUAUACAACCGACAGCAGCGCGCAACAUUGUGCAACUUUUUGAAAAUGAAAACACCAUUCCAUUUAUUUGCCGUUAUCGACGAGAUCUUGUGGAUCACAUAACACCAGAUCGUUUGCGAGAUAUACGGAACACUUACUCGGAGAUUGUCGAUCUGCGCAAGAAGGCGGAGAACAUUGUUAAUCAGCUAGAAAGAGAGAAUAUGAUUAAUACGGAGAUUCGAGAAGAACUGAUGUGUGCGAAGACCAACGAAGAACUUGAAUUUUUGUAUGCCCCAUACAAACCGGCUAGCAAAGGCACCUUGGCAGAGCGCGCGAAGGCUUUGGGCUUGGAGCAAUACGCCGAUUCCUUACUUUAUGGAACAGCGCCUAAGGUGCAGCUGUCCUCGGCUGUUGAUCCAAGCAACAAGGAUUUGGCAACAGAGGAGCAAAUAAUGGUCGGAAUUUGUAACAUUAUUAUACACAACAUAAGUAAGAACACAAGUGUUCUCGAGGAACUGCGUCGCCUUCAAAAUGUACAGCGAAUUGUACUCAAAUGCCUCAAAGCUAAGGGCACGACGGCCUCAAAGGAAGAGAGUAAAAGUAAAAUUGUUUCUGGUGGCAUUGCGGACAAGAAGCUUGAUAGUUCAAAAUUCGAGAAUUAUUUCAAUUUUCAAUGUGAUGUUAAGACAAUCAAGCCGCAUCAGACAUUGGCCAUCAAUCGCGGGGAGAAACAUAAAUUUCUCACAGUUAAAGUAGAGACCAACAACUAUUUAAAGUCUGAUCUCAUGCGAUUUAUAUCGGAGCAGUACAUGUCGCAUGGCCUGCAGUAUCCUCUACGUAGAGAGGUGUUUACUCGUGCACUGGAAGAGUGCUACACUAAAAAAUUACAACCUCUGCUCUGUCGCCAGAUUCGAUCCAAGCUAAAGGAGAAGGCCAUCAGGGCAGCAAUAGAAGUGUUUGCGAAGAAUUUGAAGCAACUAUUGUUGAUGUCUCCUCUGAAAGGUGAACGCAUUCUGGGCAUUGAUCCAGGUUACACGAAUGGCUGCAAAUUGGCUCUUAUAUCCGAGACAGCCGAUGUUCUGGAAUCGGGUGUCAUUUAUCCGCAUGGACGAAAUGCCAAUCGAAAGGAAGCCGAAAAAGUACUGGUACAGCUCCUUAACAAACAUAAUUGCCGUGUCAUUGCUUUGGGCAAUGGAACUGCCUGCCGCGAUACAGAGAUGUGGCUGACGUCGCUCUUCCAAGCGGGCAUUUUGGACAGUCGCAGCAUUCGUUACAGCAUUGUAAAUGAGAAUGGUGCUUCCAUUUACUCUUGCAGUACUGUAGCAACCAAAGAGUUUCCCAACAUGGAUAUGAACUUAAUAAGUGCAGUAUCUAUUGCCCGGCGCCUCAAUGAUCCGCUAAGUGAGUACGUGAAGAUUGAGCCACGCCACUUGGGCGUGGGCAUGUACCAGCAUGAUGUAAAUGAGAAAAUGCUUACGGACACACUGAAUGACGUUGUCUCCGAGUGUGUUAGUUUUGUGGGCGUGGAUCUAAAUACAGCGAGUCUCAGUGUGUUAAAACACAUUGCUGGUUUGUCCGAAAAGAAGGCUGAAAAGAUCAUUGAGCAUCGCACAAAAAAGGGUCCAUUUAAAUCGCGCAAGGAUCUACUCACUGUGCGCAGCAUAGGUGAGAAAACCUAUGUUCAAUGCGCAGGCUUUGUGCGAAUCGAACCACUUAGUGUUGGUGGAGCACUAACCAAUCCGCUUGACUGCACCUGGGUGCACCCUGAAAGUUACCAAUUGGCCGAAACCAUUAUUGGGAAAUGUGAUUUAAAAAUCUCGGACAUUGGCAAGGCCAGAUUUAUUCAGAGUAUCAAGGAAUUCAGCACUUCGGAGCAGAAUCUAAAAGAGCUUGCUGCAACGCACAAACUGCCCAUUGAUCGGUUAAAGUUUGUGCUGGUUGCGCUGCAGCGGGAGCUGCUGCAGGAUUAUCGCCUAGAUCUGGACAAACGGCCGCUAUUCAAGCAAGGCCUAACACGAUUGGAUGAACUUAGCAUUGGCGAUGUGGUGACAGGUGCAGUCACGAAUGUGACACACUUUGGCGCAUUCGUGGACAUUGGCGUUGAACGGGACGGGCUCAUCCAUAAAACCCAUAUGAACAACAUUGAGCUAAGCAUUGGGGAUCGCAUUAUCGCCUCUGUUCAAAAAGUGGAUAUGCAGCGGCGACAGUUGGGCUUGCGCCUGGAGAACAUGCUAGAGGAGACAGACACGUCCUUUACAUUAAAAGCCGAAUAAGAGAGAGAAAAACAAACAAAA